UAACUAGGAAUUAAGAACAAUGAGUUCAGAUAGCGAAUUAGAUGAUGAAAUGAAAAGGAGAAGGGAAGAGGAGGAACAUCCCAGCAAAAAAUCAAAAAUAACAGCUAGAACAUCACAAAAAACAGAUGAAGAUAACAUAAGUGGAAUGGAACAAAUGAUGAAAAUGAUGAGGGAAUUAGCAAUGGAUAUAAAAGACAUAAAAAAAAAGAACAAUAUAGAUCUGGAGAAGAAAUCACACAACUAAAGAAUGAAAUUAAAGAACUGAAAGAUCAACAAAGCGGCUACAAAGAUGAAAUAAAAAAGCUGCGAGAAACAAACGAAAAAGCUAUAAAACAAAUAGGUCAAUUAGAAAAAGAAAUUAGUAUAGCAAAUGAAAAAAUAGAGAAAUUGGAAAGAGAAAGAAAGAGAAAAAAAUGUAAUAAUACAAGGAAUAAAAAUUGAUACAAAUGAUCAGAAAGUUUUACGAGGGGCUAUGGAGAAUUUUAUGGAAAAAGAGCUACAAGUUUCAGUAGAUGUAAAUGGAGCAAGGAAAAUAGGAGAAAAUACUGUCAUAGUGGAACUCAACAGCGUGAAAAACAAAAUAGAAGUAAUGAAAAAUAAAAGUAAAUUAAAAACCAAAAAGGACGAAAGAAUCUAUAUUAAUGAUGAUAUGUCAAAAGAAGAAAGAAUUAUUCAGAAAGAAAUUAGAAGCAAGGCUAUGGUAGAGAGGCAUAAUGGAAAAAAUGUAAAAAUAGGAUACCAGAAGCUAAUCAUUAAUGGUGAAAUAUGGACAUGGAAUAAUAACCAACAACAACUCAUAAAAGAGAAAAAUAUACAACCAAAAAACUAGCAAUACAACGAAAGCAGACUGAAAUAACGGAGAUGACAUGGCAAAGUACAGGUACACGAAAUAGACAAAAUGUACAGAUUAUUAAUGAAAAGCAGCCCAUAAAAGAACAUAUAUUAGUAGGAACAUGGAAUGUAAGAGGAACAUACGAAGAAGGAAAACUGAAACACCUAGUAGAUGAAUGUAAAAAAUAUAAAUUCGAAAUAGUAGCACUACAAGAAACGAAACAACUAGGCCAAAACUCAAUGGAAAUAAAUGACUAUUUAUUUUUCAAUAGCGGAGGCGAAAAUAGAAUGUUAGGCACAGGAUUUGUAGUAAACAAAAAGCUGAAAGAUCUAAUCGUUGACUUUAAACCAAUUUCAGAGAGAAUAUGCAUACUAAGAAUAAGAGGAAAAUACCAAAAAAUAACAUUUAUAAACAUACAUGCACCGACUGAAGAGAAAAACAUAGAGAUAAAGGAAGACUUCUACAGUCAAAUAGAUACAGUAUUCGAAAAUAUUCCCAAAUACGAUAUAAAAAUAGUACUAGGUGAUGCUAAUGCCAAAAUAGGAAAAGAAGAAAUAUACACACCCACCAUAGGAAAAUAUAGUCUGCAUGAAACAACGAAUGAAAAUGGUCACCUCUUAAUAGAUUUUGCAAAAGAAAAAAACAUGAUCGUUAUGAGCACGUACUUUCAACACAAAAGAAUAUAUCAAGGAACAUGGAGAUCACCAGAUGGAAAAACCAUAAAUCAAAUAGAUCAUGUGCUCAUCGAAAAAGACAUGGAAAAAUGUAUA